UACUUACGUUGCUCGCCCGAAGUUUGUGCCGAACGUAUUCGAAAGCGAGAUCGUAGUGGCGAAGAAGCUAUCUCAAUGGAAUAUCUGCAACAGUUGCACGAUCUUCAUGAGAAGUUGUUGCUAAACGGCAUAACUGAAAGCUGCCCAGCUCCAGUUUUGAUUUUUGAUUGUGACAAACCGUUGGAGACCCUGACCAGCGUUUACUAUGAGCGUCGGGAACAGGUCAUGUGCGGUGUGAAGGCUUAA